UAUAACCGACUGUUAAUAGACUGAAAACGCGAACAGUUAUGGGGUGUCGAGUUUCACAGGGUUAAAAUAUUUGCGGCAACUGACUGCGAGAAGUUGUAAGUUUAUUUGUGGUGUUAUCAAGAAAGAGAGUCAACACACACACAAACACACACGCGUGAACUUCUGUUGUCGAAUUCAAAACUCAAAGAAAACAAAUUACGGAGAAAAAAGCAAACGAAUUGAGGUUUUCCCAAAAUAAACCAACGGUCUAAACCAAUCUGCUGUUUGGGAAUCAUCACGUAUAAGGCGACCUAAUUCAUCAUCAAAAUGGCCGAACGACUUUACAGUUACCAAACCGGAAGCAAGCACACGUUCACGUGGAUCGACUACUUCCUGUUCGUCUGCAUGCUGUUAGUUUCGGCGGGAAUUGGUAUUUUCUACGCCAUUAAAGACCGGAAGAAGAAUACCACCAAAGAUUUCCUGUUGGCUGGAGGCAAUAUGUCGGUAUUUCCGGUGGCCCUGUCUCUACUGGCCAGCUUCAUGUCGGCCAUUACGUUGCUAGGGACACCAGCCGAGAUGUAUAACUAUACCACGAUGUAUUGGUGGAUUGGAGUAUCGUAUUUCUUCGCUAUUUUCGCAGCAGCACACAUUUACAUACCUAUAUUUUAUCGACUUGGUGUCACCAGUGCUUUUGAGUAUUUAGAUAAAAGAUUUGGUCGUAUAGCAAGGGUUGCUGCUGCCUGUACGUAUGUUACACAAAUGACAAUCUACAUGGCCAUUGUUCUAUAUGCUCCAUCUCUUGCCUUAAAUGCAGUAACUGGUGUUACCUUGUGGGGUUUAAUCUGGACAGUUGGCGCAGUGUGUAUAUUCUACACAGCAAUUGGUGGUAUGAAGGCUGUUUUAUGGACUGAUACAUUUCAAACAGGGCUGAUGUUGGCUGGUUUAUUAGCUAUAUUAAUACAAGGUAGUAUAGAAGUCGGAGGUUUCGCUAAGGCCUGGGAUAUAUCAGCGGCAAACGAGCGAAUCCUAUUCUCAGAUUUUAGCGUGGACCCAUCAGUACGUCAUAGUUUCUGGUCGUUAACUAUUGGUGGGGCGUUUGUUUGGAUUUAUGUAUAUGGAACAAAUCAAGCCCAGAUCCAGAGAACCAUCACCUGUCCAUCUCUAAGAAAGGCCAGGAUUGCUAUUUGGCUGAAUCUACCUGGUUUAUGGGUUGUAUUAUACUUGUCCUGUUUGAUCGGAACAGUUAUUUACGCUUUCUACAGAACAUGUGAUCCUAAAACUUUUAAUCUUAUCACAGCUUCUGAUCAGUUAUUGCCACUUUUUGUAAUGGACGUAUUAGGACAUAUACCGGGUUUACCAGGACUAUUUGUAGCCUGUAUAUUUAGCGGUGCUCUGAGCACCAUAUCAUCAGGUUUAAACUCCAUCUCAGCUGUAAUACUACAGGAUAUCAUCAAGAAUCUAGGUGGUAGAAAAAUUACAGAAAAAAGAGCCACAAUUAUUUCUAAAGUCCUAGCUGUUGUAUUUGGUAUUUUGAUGAUUGGGUUGACCUACGUAGCUUCUUUAUUAGGUGGAGUUUUACAGGCAGCUUUGGCCUUAUAUGGCAUGAUAGGUGGGCCUAUUAUGGGUAUAUUUACAUUAGGAAUGCUCUUCCCUUGGGCGAAUCAAAAGGGUGCUGUAACAGGUUUGGUGACGAGUUUAAUUUUGAUGUUUUGGAUCGGUAUUGGGUACCAGGUUCACCGCCCGAUUGUAGCCACACCAUCACCAAUCAGUCUUGUUGAUUGUAACUGGAAUUUAACCACUACUACUCCAGCUGUCACACCCGCCAUGAACAUGAGUUUUAUAAAUUCUACUGCCCCUACUGUUACUGAUGGGGCUGGUGAUAGUGAUCCUUUGGUGGGGUUGUAUACAUUAUCCUACAUGUGGUAUACAGCCACGGCAGUGCUAACAGUUAUAGUUGUCGGUCUUAUUGUCAGUUUUAUAACAGGUGCCACCAAACCAGAAUCCUUAGAUCCAACUUUGAUUUGUCCGUUUUUUGACAUCGUGUUUCCAUGUCUACCAGAAAAAAUACUCAAACCUCUCAGAUUUGGAAUUGAUUUCAGUCACGUGGAAGACGAUGAUUUUAAAACCAGAGUAUUGAAAGAUUCUUUCAGAAAAAAUAUCAAGGUGAACUACACACCGGAAGACCAGAAAGCAGAUCUUCACGCUUCUGAAUCGGGCGUUACGGUUACUACAUCCGGAAAUGAAUCUACUCCGACGCUGGUAACGACUGUAUCCCAGUCAGCUUUGCCGAGCGACGAGUUAGAUAAAGAGAAGUCUGGGGUCAAGGAUGACCAAUCAGUGUCAACUCAUCUUUAAGUGUACCUCUUGUAAAACAUGUUCAUUCGUGUUCUAUUAUCAUUGGUGUUCGAUUUCUCGUAACCAACUGAACGGGUUUUUUUUGUCGGGCUCAAUGGAAGAUUGUACGACAAUGUUCGGCUUAGGCUUACCUCAUAUUUCAGUCGAGAUAGGUUUUUUUGGUGGUUGCGAGCGACCAAUUAAAACAUAUGUUACAAUAUCGGCGCCGUUUUCGGCUACCUUUUUCGUUGCAGUGCCUUACCAGGGGAAACUGGCGGGUCGCCGACAAACCAGUACGACGAAACGGUCGCCGAUCGUCGUGCUGGCUUAACCACAACUCUCAAUACACCAGCCACCAUGUUUUUAUGUGGAAGACAAAAGUAUCUCGCCGAAAAUUUCGCAUAGUUUAAGCCGAUUUGUAUAUGAAUAAUAGAUGCCAAUAAUUGUAAAUAUUUAGACAUAUAUGUCUCAGAAAAGUUUGUUUUUUAAAUGACAUGAGGAAGAAUGUAUAUAAUUUUUCAAAUGAAUUCUAUUUAUAAACAAUUUAUCACUGCUGCUUUAAACAUAUACGAGGAUGCUAUAUGGACCAGGGACCGAACGUGACGUUAUCGCGGCCAUCUUGAAAUUGUAACGUCAUAUGCAAAUUUGAAGUCUGUCAAUCGAUGCGCAAUUGUCCAAGUAACAAGCAUAUCGAUCGUUCUUAAAGUAGCUAAGUCUCUAACUCAAUAUCAUCCAAAAUCUUCAACAUUGAAAACACGAUUUAUUUGUCAAAUUAAAUCAACAUUCAUGUUCAGUUGUGAUCUUACCGGGAAAAGAUGGGCUUUUGAUAUCCAAUAUUUAAGACAAAAUAAACAUUUUACCAUUGGUACACGAAUCGUGUACCAUAAUGCGCUUCAGCCCCAUUUGUAUCAAGAGACUCGAGGGACGAGGCUAGACACAUUGCACCAAAUCAAACGGCGUGUGUAGACUGGAAUAACCAGACGCUAGAAAUUUGCACUCGCUUGAGACUGCUGGCUUAUUUCGCCGAACAUAACUGAUUUGAAAUUGGAGUAAAAACGGAAACCAUUGAAUGUAAAUCAGUUUAUAUACAUUCAUAUUACAGUAUUAUAUGCGUUGCGACCCACUUUUGUCAAUUUCUAGGUCCCAAAUGUUAGCGAUUUAGCUCCUUUAAAUUGAUGGAGCCUUCGGGUUUUUUUUUUUUUUAUUAAAAACGCGCUGUCUCCAAGAAGACGAGUCGCGCAUGGGUCCCAGUUUCAUAUUUUAAUACCCAUCUGAUGUGCUGAACGCCAUUUGUAUUUUUUGUACAUUAUGUAAUAUUUUCACGGCUUAAUUCGUGUCCAUAUGUGCUCGAGUUGAUUUAAUUUAGACAUGUUUUAAAAUAUCAUCGGUAGAAAAUCUCCUGACUUGGCUUCAAUCCGAUUGAAAAGAGGCCCAAUCAAAAGAUUUUAGCCAUACUUAUAUCUGGCUCUGGCUUGUUUAAUUACUUCAGCUGCAGAGGAUGUUGAUUAUUGGGAAAUUUUCAUUUCGUAUCUUUGUAAAUACUUGACCAAAUUGAACCAUUUUUAGAUUGAUAUUCCUUUUAGUUUUUAGAGAUUCGAAUUUAAAAAAAAUCCCCGAAAAUUGUGACCAUCAGCUUUAAGGGUUUCAAAUGCAGCUUGUAUCUUCCCGAAAUUCCCGACAAGCCAUGAGCAUCCUUCUGUAUCGGAAAGCCAAUAUUAUCCAAGGAGAACUGUCUCAUAUAUAGAAAUGAAAUGAAAUAGGGUUUAACGUCCUACUGUUCUGCUCCGACUGGGAUAAUGAAGACGGGCAUACGCCAUACAUGAGGGAAGUUUUACCUAGACAGCGGCACUACGGCCUACUCUUAUAUCGAAUUCGAACUUCAAGGGAUCUUUUACGUGCACGCCAAUGUGUACACGUCUCAUAUAUAUAGGCCUAAAUAUAUGCUGCCAAUUGUUUGCGAUGUCACCUAAGGCGGAAGCGGGCGUUAAAUAAAGCUUCCCAGGCCCCCGCCUAUUUUCAGGAAUAAAUCGAAGUUCCGAUGAUACGUCUUGGAUUUUUAAAAUAUUUUUUUAACACCACUUGUAUAUUUUGUUUGCUUUCUUCCUGACCAAUGCCUCUCAUUUAUAUACACACACUUUUAUAAUUUUUUUUCUAUAUCUCUGUUUAAUAAAUCUGUUUAUGAUGGUUGUCCAUGGCAACAGAGAUGCUUUAACAACACUAUUUUAAAUAAUGUAUAUAAACCAUAUUUUGUUGUAUGUUCGUUUUAACAAACCUCUUAGAUUUAGAACAAAAUAAAAUGUUUUAAUUGGUUAA